CAAAAUUUUUAUUGAUUAGUCAAACUAUUUUACUAAUUUUGAUGUACUUCUUGGCAACCCCAGCCAACAUUGAAAGUCUUACACUAAGGCCCACAGGAUUGCCAAUUCAGUAAAAUGUCUAUACAUUCCAUAAUUUGUUGAGAAGUCUAGAAGAUGGUAGGGGUGAAAGGUAAAGAGGAAGAUACUGUCAUACAUAAAAAUGAUGGAAUACUUCAGCUUGAAAUUUUUCAUUAGGCAUUCAUUUUUCCCUUCAAUUCUAGACCAAAUAUCAUCCUAGAGCCUCAUAACUCCUCUUCCUGAUGCACUAUCUCUCUAGGCCUAGCAUGAAACAUGUGGAACAGCACUACCAUCACUGAGAUAAUUCUUCUGGGACUCACAGAUGCUUGUGAAUUCCAGAUGCUAAUCUUCGUGGGGCUCCUCCUGACCUACCUUAUCACACUGCUAGGGAACCUCCUCAUCAUUGUUGUCACCCUGAUGGAUCAUCGUCUUUACACUCCCAUGUACUACUUUCUCAGAAACUUUGCUGUUCUGGAGAUCUGGUUCACUUCUGUCAUCUUUCCCAAGAUGCUGAACAACAUCCUAACAGGCAAUAAGACCAUCUCCUUGGUAGGAUGUUUCCUGCAGUUCUUUUUCUACUUCUUCCUAGGAAGCACAGAAUUCCUCCUCCUGGCCGUGAUGUCCUUUGAUCGAUAUGUGGCAAUCUGUAAUCCUUUGCGUUAUGCUACCAUCAUGAGCAAAAGGGUCUGUGUGCAGCUGGUGCUGUCUUCAUGGUUGGGAGGUUUCCUUCUCAUCGUUAUACCCAGUGGCAUCACAUUUCAGCAGCCUUUCUGUGGUCCCAAUGUCAUCAAUCAUUUUUUCUGUGACAACUUCCCAUUGCUAGAACUAGUCUGUGCAGAUACAAGCCUGGUGGAACUGAUAGGCUUUGGUGUAGCCAAUAUCAGUCUGUUGGGGACCCUAUCUGUGACUGCCUCCUGUUAUGGUCACAUCCUCUACACAAUCCUGCGCAUCCCCUCAGCCAAGGAGAGGCAGAAAGCCUUUUCCACUUGCUCCUCCCACAUCAUUGUAGUAUCUCUCUUCUAUGGAAGCUGUAUCUUUAUGUAUGUCAGGGCAGGUAAGGGCAGUGAGGGAGAGAACUUGAACAAAGUGGUGGCCAUUCUCAACACUGUGGUGACUCCAAUGCUCAACCCUUUCAUCUACACUCUGAGGAACAAACAGGUAAAACUGGUAAUUAGAGAAAAGGUUGGAAACUGGAUCUCCCAGACCUGAGCUAGAGAGAGCUGAGAAGGGUCCCCACAAGUGGCCAAGCCUCUGGAGGUUCCCUGAAAAACUAUUCUUGGAGUCAGCAUGGCUAUUGAUUCACAUAUUUUUGCUUUGUUCUCUUUACCUGGCCCAGCUGCCAGAUGGAGCUAUUCUCAUUGUAAUGGCCCCAAUCCUUCCCAUAAAUCCCAAAUCCCAAAGCUCACCUGCCUUUCUCACCUUCUAGGAACCUGGUGAUGUUAGAUUCAUGUAGAUAAAGGAGGCAGAGAGCACUACUAUCCUAUCUGGUUCUUACUGACUCUCAGUUCCUAACAUGCCUGCAACUUAAUUGUGUAUAUCUUUCCCUCAUGAUUUGGUAAAACAAAUCUAGGUAUUUCUUCUGGGUUUGAAUUUUUUUUAUUUUACAUAUGUCAUCAUUACUGCUUAUCAUUAUUGCUGCUGUUGGUACUAUCUUAAAAACUUCACCUAAAGCAAGUCAAAUUAUUCUUGACCUUUGUGAGUAAAAUUUUAAAAAAUUGUUCUACAUUAAUAUGCAAAGAUCUUACAAGAUGGGUAUGUUUUCCUUUCUCCAUCCCCACUUUUCAGCUUCCUUGUGUAUUGUCUUCUAUUAGAAAUAGAAUUUCCUUGAAGAUAGGGACCGUCUUUCUUUUUUAGUAUUUGUAUCCCUGGUUGUUAGCACAGUGCCUGUUAUAUAAUAAGUUCUUAAUAAAUGUUGAUUCACUGACUCAAGA